UCGGCGAAAAGGUGGGAACCGACGCGCUGGCGCUGGAGCAGUGGAGAGCUGGUUUCGGCAGCAGCGAAACCGAGGCGUCGAGCUCUUCUUCACUGUAGCAAGAAGAAGUAAAAAAAUCGAGGUCUUCACUCCUUUCUCACCCAACCCAUCCAUCUUAGCUCACCGAGAGGCGCAGGGUGCGAGGCUUGCUGGUUAUUCCCUGAUGCUUUCUUGAUUCUGUUCUGUUGGAGGAAAAGGAAAAUGAUCAACGGUGGUGUUGCUGAGCUGGCAUGCCGGAAUCGGCUCAGGAGCCAGGAUAUAAAGGUGGAGGAGGAGGAGGAGGAGGAGGAUUAUGAUGAUGAGGAGGAGGAGGAGGAGGAUGAAGAUGAGGACAGUGACAAUAAUGUCAAGAAAUCGAAGACAUCAUCUGCAGUCUUGGAUAAGGAGAAGAAAAGGAAAGUGCCAAACAAUUCCAGCAAUUAUGAUGCAAAGGAGAAGAACAAGCAUGAGAAGAGGCUGCAUGACGAUAAGACAAAGUAUAGAAAGGCAUCCACCACAACCAUUGGUGAGAAGAAAAAUGAAUUGGGGAGCAGUCAUGGCCGUGAGAAGGGGCGUACUUCUGAUCAUGACAAGGAUAAGAGGAGGAACACACCACUCCCACUCGACAAGAAUAAGGACUCUUUGAAGGAGAAGAGCAGGAAAAUACCAAACAUUCACAGCGCUGGAAAGAAGAUUCAUAGUGGCAACCAUCACAAGGAUAAGAGGACGUGCAUGUGCAGAAAGUGUAAGCGCCGUGAGAAGGAGAAAAGGAAAAAUAUGAGCACUCACUAUGGUGAAGACAAGGUGGGGACUUAUGAUUAUUGCAAGCCUCCACACCUGUUCAACAAUAAUGAGAUGCAGAAAAAUGAAUUGAAGAAGAAGAAGAAUACACCACUUGAUCUAUCUAGGGAGAACAAAACUCAGUUGAUGAAAGAUAGCAAGAAGGAGAACAAAAGGAAGAAGACGCCCGAGAUAUUCAAUAAAAGCAAGAAGAUGAGAACCAAAGACAAGGAUGAGAAGGCAGGGAGUGGUGACAGGUGGAAGACAAAUAAGAAGACAAUGGAAGACCAGAAGGUGGCAAGUGGUGACAAGGAGAAGAGGAAUGUGACCAUCUCAUUUUUCAAGUUAAUAUGCGACAAUUUUGAGAAAUUCCUGUUGUUACCACCAGUGGUUGCAACCAAAUUGAUGGAUUUAACUAAUCGUUGUGUAAAUCUUCGAGACUCGGAGGGAAAGUUUUCAGAGGUCAGGUUAUCAGUGGUAGAUGGUUCCCUAGCUUUUCAUCAGGGGUGGAACGAUUUUGUUUCAUACCAUUCGAUUAAGUUGGGUGACUUGCUCGUGUUUAAGUACACUCCCAGGUCACAAUUUUCUGUGCGGGUCUUUGGUAUGAAUUCUUGUGAAAGAGUAUGUUUUAGUGUUGAAGGGCAAGGUGAGCCGGAACGGAAAGGGUGCCAUGAACCUGAUAAAAUGGAAAAUGUUGCAGUUUCAGGACCACGUCGUGUGGCUGUAAAUUCAAAAGAAGAUCCUAGCAGAGUUGUAAGUGGGGCCGAACAUGGAUCCUUAAUAGUACUUGAUGACAAGGAUGGAUAUUUGGCCAAUGGGAAGUACAAACCAAAUGGUAUUUAUGAAACUUGGAGCAAAGGAACGAGGGGCGAUCAAAUAAUUCUAAUUGCUGAUGAUGAGGCUCCUUUAACACAAAAAAAUGAGGAUACAGAAAAGCUAAAAAGAUUGCACACGCCUUCAGAUAUGCAUGCUGUGUCUGCUAAUACAAAAGAAAACCCUAAAGGAGCUGCGAGUGGGAUCUUUUGUAGACCCUCAGUUGAUCUUGAUAACAAGGAGAGAACUUUGGCCAUUAUAGAGUGCAAAACAAACUGUAUUUCAUCAAUUUGCAGCACAGAAAAACCAAUAAGGUCUGAAAUAAUUCCAGUAAGUGACGCAGCUCCUUUGGCACAAGAAAAUGAUGAUGCAGUGGAGCUAACAGCAUUUCCUCUCCAUAUAGAAGAUACAAGCAUGAUGAAAGAAUCUGAGCCAGAGAUCGCUACUCCAGCAAAAUGUACAGAAAUACUGGAUUCAGAUGAAGAUUUAAGAAGGAAACAAGAAGGAAAUACAGUUCAGUUGGAACGUACUACAGCUGUGGAUAAAUGUCCUAAGAAUAGCAAGAUGAAUACCAAUGGAAGCGUUUGCAGCAAACAGGAAAUUAAAGGAGGUUUACCAUCCAUGGAGAAAUGGAAGACGGCUACUGUAAGUAGCCGAGCAGCUCUUGAUGGCACUGGACUGAUUAAACCAGAAAAACUAGUGAAAACUGAUGAAAAAUUGGCCGGUAAUAGCAGUUCAUUGGGAUUAAAUUCUUUUGAACAAUCCUUGCAAGGGUAUGCAGGUCAAGCAGCUCUUGGUGGCACUGGACUGAUUAGACUUGAAAAACCACUGAAAACUGAUGACGAUCUAAGAAUGAAACAAGAAGGAAAUACAGUUCAGUUAGAAUGUACUACAGUUGUGGAUAAAUGUUCUAACAGUAGCAAGACGAAUACUAAUGGAAGCGAUUGCAACAAACAUGAAGCUCCAGGAGGUUUACCAUCGAUGGAGAAAUGGAAGAAGGCUACUGUGAGUGGCCGAGCAGCUCUUGAUGGCACUGGACUGAUUAAACCAGAAAAGCUAGUGAAAACGGAUGAAAAAUUGGUCGGUAAUGGCUGUUCAUUGGGAAUAACUUCUUUUGAACAAUCGUUUCAAGGGUAUGCAGGUCAAGCAGCUCUUGGUGACACUGGACUUGAAAAACCACGGAAAACUGAUGACGAUCUAAGAAGGAAACAAGAAGGAAAUACAGUUCAGUUAGAAUGUACUACAGUUGUGGAUAAAUGUCCUAACAGUAGCAAGAUGAAUACCAAUGGAAGCGUUUACAACAAACAUGAAGCUCCAGGUGGUUUACCAUCCUUGGAGAAAUGGAAGAAGGCUACUGUGAGUGGCCGAGCAGCUCUUGAUGGCACUGGACUGAUUAAACCUGAAAAACUACUGAAAACUGAGGACAAAUUGGUCGGUAAUUGUAGUUCAGUGGGAGCAAAUUCUGUUGAACGGUCGUUACAAGGUUAUGCUGGUGGAGCAGCUCUUGAUGGCACUGGACUGAUUAGACCUGAAAAACGACUGAAAACUGAUGAUAAAUUGGUUGGUAACUGUAGUGCAACGGGAGUAAACCCUGUUGAACAAUCGUUACGAGGGUAUGCUGAUACUCACUCCCGUGUACAACAAACUCCUGGCAAGAUAUCUAAUUCUAUACAUAUCAAGACAGAGAUCGAUCUUUUUGCCCAUGGAAAAGGACCUACUGUUCAACCUAAAGCACAAAUGGAGCAAUUUGAACCCAUUGGUACCAUUGCAUGUAGACAACAGAUGAACAGUAUUUCUGGGCGUGCUGACCAUGCAGUUUCACACCCAUCAGAACAUCAUUUCUUCAGCCAGAAUGGUAGGAAGGCUAGUCACCAUGUGACCCCAGCAGUUUUGCUGCCUGUCAAGGAUGAAAUUUUCCCGGCGGUUUUGCUGCCUGUCAAGGAUGAAAUUUUGGAGUUAGAUGAUCAUUCUGUAUUAAAGACCAACUUACAAUUCUGCAUUCCUUCUACCACCCAAACAUGGCUUGAUUUACCCACCCCGCUUUCCAAUGCUCUUCGGCGAAAAGGGAGGCAAGACCGGAACGUCGUGAUGCUGAAAGAUCCUAUGAAGCGGUUAUGGCCAGUCUUUUACCACCAGAACUCCCUGUUCGUGGGAUUCACCAGGGGCUGGAAACCUUUCGUGGCAGGAAACAGCCUGCGGACAGGAGAUGUCUGCCUGCUCUUGAAGGACCUGGACGAAGACGAGCUGGUGUACCAUGUUCAGAUCGCAAGAAAAUGAGGACUUGCCAUCCUGUGGGUUGGGCGCGUGGUCUUUGGCUUCAGUCUAGCUGGAAACUUUUGACGAUGAUGUGGUUGUUGCUGGAUGCAUGGGGGUACACCUUUGUGUAUAGCGUGCGACUUCCUGGAGACGUCGCAUGGUGUAUUUUGGCAGAUUAGUACCCUAGAAACGUAGGUCUCUAGAGAAGGAACUUCUAUGUUAGAUAGCUCGAGCCAGGAGAUGCAUGCGUUUGUUGCGUCAGGUGUUGGGAGCAGAUCAAUGUGUCCUGUAACUUGGCUAGUUCAAUUUCGCUCCUGUGUCCCUUGAAUCCUCUGGUGCUGAAGCAUGGGAGGCUUGGUGAAAUUUGGUUGGAACCGUGAGUUUGUGUGAUGUGUACGCUAUGUACUAGUCGAUGCGUGUGGCAGUUCAUGUCUCGUUCCAGAUGGCAAAAUU